AUGUCACGUGGCUGUAUAUAUCAUCUUCAUUCCUCAUUGAUUUCCAAACGUAUUCAUCCUGAGGAUGUUUUGCGCGUAUUUAUUAAUCGUAUCCAAGCCGAUAUUCAUGGCGUUAGGGAUGGUUUCUCUGUGUCUAAACUUGGCUUCCCACCUACCAAUUCAAUAUUGAGUAGCUUAUCUGAGAUUAUGCCAACUGGUUCAAUCAUUAGUCAAAGUACUCCCAAUUUGAUGACUUCCAUACCGGUUGUUGUAAAAGAUAAUUUUUGUGUAAAUUAUCAAAGACUGCCACUAAAAACAACAUGUGCUUCCAAAUCACUGGAAAACUUUUGUUCACCUUACGAUGCUGCUGUUGUGUCAUCUCUUCUUCAUUCAGGAGCUUUCAUUAUCGGGAAAUCAAACAUGGAUGAAUUUGCAAUGGGUUGUGGAUCUACUGACAGCGCAGUUGCUGGCCCUGUUGUUAAUCCAUGGUCCGAAAAAGCAUCUGGUAAAAACCGUCUUAUUUCGGGUGGGAGUUCUGGAGGUAGUGCUGCUGCAGUUGCUGCUGGUCUUUGCCUAGCUAGCAUUGCUUCGGAUACUGGUGGUUCAGCACGGUUACCCGCUGCUUAUUGUGGAGUUGUUGGUUUAAAGACAACAUACACGUUAGUCUCUCGUCAUGGUCUUAUCCCAUUAGUGAACGCUCUAGACGUGCCUGCAAUCAUUGCACCAUCUGCCAGUGAUGUUGCUUGUGUUUUAACAAGUUGGUUAUCUUCCUCAAAUAACUUUGCACGAACAGGUGAUGCUACAUGUUCCCAACUUCCACAAUCAUUCUUGACACGUAUGUACAAUGAAUUGCAAGCUCUGAUCAAAGGUGAUCUGGAUUUUACUCCCAAGAACGCUUCGCUACGCAUAGGUAUUCCGUUAGAAUAUCACGUUCCUGGUCUUCAUGAGGAGAUAUGUGCCAUGUGGGAUACUGUAGCUGGUUGGUUAGCUGAUCAUUUAUCCUGUUCUGUACAGUUAGUCAGAUUGCCCCAUACGCCUAUGGCCACAACUGUAUAUUCAGUUUUGUGUGCAACGGAAGUAGCAUCAAACAUGUCCAGAUACGAUGGAUUAAAGUAUGGAUUUUCCAAAAUGAAAUUAUCCGAUGGUCAUGAAAAUGCAUUACCAGAUAAUACAGUGACACAGUACUCUGGUACUCGUUCGUUAGGUUUCGGUGAUGUUGUUCAAGGCAGAAUUUUCGCUGGUAAUUUCUUUCUUCUUCAAGAUCAACAGUGCAGACAUUUAGCUUCUGCACGACGUUUAUGGCGUUUAAUUAAGGAAGAUUUCACAAAGGUUUUUGAAUCGGUUGACUUCAUAUUGACACCAGUAUCGCCUAGUCUACCUAUUGGUAUAGAUGAAUUUACUAAAUUGGACAAUCGUACACGAACUACACUUGAUGAUGUGUGCACAGUAGCUGUGAAUUUGUCUGGAUUACCUGCUAUUUCAUUUCCUGUUGGUUUAUCACGUACAUCUGGUUUACCAAUUAGUUUACAAUUAAUUGGACCGUAUUUUUCCGAGUGUCGACUAUUGUCACUUGUUGCUAAAUUAGAAGAUUAUGCCUGUUUUCAACCGUUAGUCAAUCAUAAAUCCAUUAUUGAUUCGAUUUAA